AUUACUAACCCAGCUGUAGCUGGCCCAAAAAUUUUUUGGUUCAUAAGACCAACCCGGCCGAGAGAACCCAUUGUUAUUUAAAUGUAAAUUUGAACCCAAAUGUCAUUGGUACAUUUGUUAAAACACGUGAUUUCACUUUGCUAACAGUUGAGUUAUUGUGUCCGACAUUGUUUGGCAUGAUAUUUGAACUCAGUGAAUUUUGGAAGAUUUUUUUCUACAUUUUUAUCGGCAUUAAUUUUUUUCAACUUUGAAAAUGGAGAGGAGUUUCAUGCUAUCAAGCAGUGAUUCCAAAUUUGAAGGCUUUUCAACAGAAGAUAUCGAGAUAUCGAGGAAAAGAAUGAAUGAAGUGCAAAAGCACAUGGUGGACGAAAAUGAAUCGGAUAUUUCUGUAUCCAAAAGCAAUUCUGAAGAAACUGAAAGCAGUGGCAUAGACAGCGAGGAUGAUUUUACACCAGAAUGGAGUAAAAAGUUAAAAAAUGUUUUUAUUAACAAUUUUUCUGAGGAGACACGGUCUACUCAUAGUCUUUCUCAGGAAGCAAAACCAUUAGACGUUUUCUUUUCAUUUUUUCCAGCAUGCUUGUUUGAAGUAAUCACUGCGGAAACAAAUCAUUACACAGAAUGUAAACAAGCUGGAAAAAAAGAUAGCAUGUGAGAGACACUAGCAGUACCCCUGUACGUGAAGAACCAAACUUUGAUCCCUUAUUUAAAAUAAGACCCCUCAUUGACUGCGUUCAAAAUGCAUAU